AAGAAAUAUCACGGAUGUACAGUCCAAGAAUUUUUCUUAAUACCGAAACUAUUAGAACGAUUGAUGUUGUAUCAUUCAUGUUUCAAAUUACAAUUACCGUUGUACGAAUCAUCGGAGACACUGUUGGACUAUAUCGAGAAAAAUGCUGUUACAACUAUUUCAACGUCAACUGGAUCCGGAAAGUCAACGUUGCUACCGGCCCUACUCGCUGCAGAAGGAUAUGACAGGGUUAUUGUCACACAACCUCGACGUUUACCAUGUCAACUAAUUUCGAGGCGGGUGAAUAAAACCAUGCUCACAGAUAUUGGAUCGGCAACGAAUAGAUUAGCCGGUUGGUGUGUUAGCAAUGCUGGUAGUAAUCAAAACGCUAAAGUUCUUUAUUUAACCGAUGGUUUAUUAAAAGAACGUUUGCUUAAGGAUGACAAUUUUAUCACAGCUCAAACCCAAUUGAAUAAAUCUGUUGUUUUCUUCAUCGACGAGGUUCACGAGCGUUCAGUUAAUAUCGAUCUCUGCUUAGCAUUAUUGGCUCGAUUGUUAACAACGAAACCAGAAUUGAAGACAAAAAUGAAAGUGAUUAUCUCAUCGGCGACUUUGAACUCAUCAGUACCGGAUCUCUUUCGAAAGAUUCCUCAGGCUGGUUUGGCCACAUUCCAAAUGCCACAAAUGAGUACUUUGCAUCACGUGGAGACGAUCCUACGUCCGAACGAGAAUGUUCUCGACAUUGUGCAAGAACUAUGUAAAAAGCGGAAACGACAUGAUCAGAUCCUUUGCUUCGUGAGUUCCGUCGGUGAAGUAAAUGAAUGCGUUCGUUUGAUAAAUGAAAUCAGUCGAGGAACAAUUGUGGCACAUCCACUCGUUCAAUCUCAACGUCCAGACGUUCAGCAAGAAUACAUUGAAUACGGAACAGUUUUCUUUUCGACGACGAUCGCCGAAACUUCGUUAACAUUUCCUUCGUUAAAAUAUGUGGUGGAUACGGGAAUGAUCAACGCACCUAUCUAUGAUGUGGAUUCCAAACGGACUAUUCUAAAAGAGAUACGUGCUGCUGAAUCGACGAUCAAACAAAGACGUGGACGUUUAGGUCGAACACAACCGGGAGAAUACUAUGCUCUGUACAGUUUCAAAGCGGAAGAUAUGGCGUAUCCGAAUGCACAAAUAUGCCAGUCCGAUCUGCUAAAUUUAGAAUUUUCCUUAAGAAUAUCUCCAUUGAAGAAGGGAUUGACUUACAUGAAACAAUUCUUGCCCGAUCAGCCAACACAAAACGCAAUCAAUGCAGCAAUUCGACAGUUACAAGAUAUGAAUAUCCUCAGUAGUGGAUCGGGAGAUCAGUUCACUGAUGAAGGUAGAGACCUGGCUAAGCUGCCUGAUUUCGGUUCACUUGCCAUGUCGAAAGCAGUAUUAGCUGGACUUAACAAAUACGCAUGCGGCCGUGAUCUGAUCUGUCUUGCUUGCAUGUUAGGUGUACUGAACACGACAGCUAUGUUUAAAAGCGUUCCACUAAAGUUUAAAAGUACUGACGGUGAUUUCAUGACAUUAUUGAACAUUAUCAAUCAAAUUCUGCUUGUGAGAACCUCUGUAACAUCAAAACAAUUUGAUCUUGCAGAUGUUUGUGUUGCUGAAGGUCUUCGCGAUAUUCAUCAUGUUAUCCGACAAGCUUUGCGACGAUAUACAACGGUAGAAAGAUGCUUUAGUUCAAGCGGAUAUUUCCAAAACAAACCGCAUGUUGUCUCGGGUGAUUGGGAACGGAUUGCGAAAUCAUUGUUAGUUGGUUAUUCUGAUAAUGUUUUUGUUUCAAAAAAAGAAUUGUAUGGUAAACACUUACAUUUUCAACGAUAUAAUGGCACAGGUGACGAAGCGAUUCUUGAUCUGCAGUCCACAUUAACUCGGCCUAUCAGCUCAGCGCCUGUCGCACUUAUUCUCGCGCGCGAUAUUCGUCAUUCAACUGCUGUUCGUGCUGUAGCAAUUCUUUCAUUUGUUGGCGAAAUCAAAUCAGAAUGGCUUCAGCAUAAUCUUGAGCGGCAAUUUUCGUUGAAUGAUGAAGAAGAAAAGCAUUUAAAUACGGGUAGUCGUUACGAAGCAGCAGUAUCGAAAUUUUCCAAAAUCAAGAUGAGAAUGAACUCUGGGACGAUUCGACUGAAUGGUCCGUCAGGUUCGGUUCUCAAUGCUGAAUUACACCUUCGACAGCAGAUGGUUUCGGAAAUGACAUUCACAUUACAAGAAUUAGGAACAUCCAGUGCUCAUGCAAAUUUCCAGCGAAAUCUUGGAAUUAUUAUGAAGUCGGUGCGCAUAUUUAAUCCAUUGAAAUGGCGUUGGCAAGCGCAAAAACAAGUUGAAGUCACUAUUAACAGUAACACAGCCGCGAAAACAUGUGAGAUCACUGUUAAAGGAAGAAGUUCACAAAAUCGGAAAGUAAGGGAUGAAUUUUCUGCUUUUAUCGGUUGGUUACAAAUCUGUGCUGUCAUUCGACAUCCGAAUUCAGGUGUUCCUCCACGAGUACUUCGUCCUCAGAUGCGUAAGAAUUGCGAAGACAUCGAAAAGAGAAUUGCUCGUGUUACUGAUAGUAAACGAACACCAAUAGAUCUAUACAAUGGUACAAAAGGUAAAAACGCAACACGAGUAACACGAAUGGAAGUUGUGGCAUGGAUCGCUAUCUGCAAAUUUGACUGCAGAUUGGAAGGAGGUUUCGUUCGAGACUGGAUUGUAGGUGGUUACACUGCACUUCCCAAAGCUGUAUAUGCUAGUCCAAAAGAAUGGAUUACGUACAGGAACAACGUUCCCGAGUUGGACAAAGAUAUCGUUCCUUGUGACUUAGAUUGUCAUCUACCAUCGCAUGCUUAUUUCGAUAUUGAUAAGUUUCAAGAUGAAUUACAUAAGUACGACAUCUCGUGUACGGUUUGCUACGAUAAUUGGCGAUAUAUAUUGGUACUUGAUGAGAAUAAAUCUACCGGUCCAUUUACAAUGGAUUUGAUUGAGCCGCAUGUGGCAUUGACACAAGAUCGAAUUGAUUUCGACGUGAGAAAGUCUACGUUGCUACCGGCCCUACUCGCUGCUGAAGGAUAUGACAGGGUUAUUGUCACACAACCUCGGCGUUUACCGUGCCAAUUAAUUUCGAGGCGGGUGAAUAAAACCAUGCUCGCAGAUAUUGGAUCGGCAACGAAUAGAUUAGCCGGUUGGUGUGUUAGCAAUGCUGGUAGUAAUCAAAACGCUAAAGUUCUUUAUUUAACCGAUGGUUUAUUGAAAGAACGUUUGCUUAAGGAUGACAAUUUUAUCACAGCUCAGACCCAAUUGAAUAAAUCUGUUGUUUUCUUCAUCGACGAAGUUCACGAGCGUUCAGUUAAUAUCGAUCUCUGCUUAGCAUUAUUGGCUCGAUUGUUAACAACGAAACCAGAAUUAAAGACAAAAAUGAAAGUGAUCAUCUCAUCGGCGACUUUGAAUUCAUCAGUACCGAAUCUCUUUCGAAAGAUUCCUCAGGCUGGUUUGGCCACAUUCCAAAUGCCACAAAUGGGUACUUUACAUCACGUGGAAACGAAGCUACGUCCGAACGAGAAUGUUCUCGACAUUGUGCAAGAACUAUGUAAAAAGCGGAAACGACAUGACCAGAUCCUUUGCUUCGUGAGUUCCGUCGGUGAAGUGAAUGAAUGUGUUCGUUUGAUAAAUGAAAUCAGUCGAGGAACAAUUGUGGCACAUCCACUCGUUCAAUCUCAACGUCCAGACGUUCAGCAAGAAUACAUUGAACACGGAACAGUUUUCUUUUCGACGACGAUCGCCGAAACUUCGUUAACAUUUCCUUCGUUAAAAUAUGUGGUGGAUACGGGAAUGAUCAACGCACCUAUCUAUGACGUGGAUUCCAAACGGACUAUUCUGAAAGAGAUACGUGCUGCUGAAUCGACGAUCAAACAAAGACGUGGACGUUUGGGCCGGACACAACCGGGAGAAUACUAUGCUUUGUACAGUUUCAAAGCGGAAGAUAUGGCGUAUCCGAAUGCACAAAUAUGCCAGUCCGAUCUGCUGAAUUUAGAAUUUUCCUUAAGAAUAUCUCCAUUGAAGAAAGGAUUGACUUACAUGAAACAAUUCUUGCCCGAUCAGCCAACACUGGGCGCAAUUAAUGCAGCAAUUCAACAGUUACAAGAUAUGAAUAUCCUCAGUAGUGGAUCGGGAGAUCAGUUCACUGAUGAAGGUAAAGACCUGGCUAAGCUGCCUGAUUUCGGUUCACUUGCCAUGUCGAAAGCAGUAUUAGCUGGACUUAUCAAAUACGCAUGCGGCCGUGAUCUGAUCUGUCUUGCUUGCAUGUUAGGUGUACUAAAUACGACAGCUAUAUUUAAAAGCGUUCCACUAAAGUUUAAAAGCGCUGACGGUGAUUUCAUGACAUUGUUGAAUAUUAUCAAUCAAAUUCUGCUUGUGAGAACCUCCGUAACAUCAAAGCAAUUUGAUCUUGCAGCUGUUUGUAAUGCUGAAGGUCUUCACGACAUCCAUCAUGUUAUCCGACAAGCGUUGCGACGAUAUACAACGGUAGAAAGAUGCUUUAGUUCAACCGGAUAUUUCCAAAAUAAACCGCAUGUUGUCUCAGGUGAUUGGGAACGGAUUGCGAAAUCAUUGUUAGUUGGUUAUUCUGAUAAUGUUUUUGUUUCAAAAAAAGAAUUAUAUGGUAAACACUUACAUUUUCAACGAUAUAAUGGCACAGGUGACGAAGCGAUUCUUGAUCUGCAGUCCACAUUAACUCGACCAAUCAGCUCAGCGCCUGUCGCACUUAUUCUCGCGCGCGAUAUUCGUCAUUCAACUGCUGUUCGUGCUGUAGCAAUUCUUUCAUUUGUUGGCGAAAUCAAAUCAGAAUGGCUUCAGCAUAAUCUUGAGCGGCAAUUUUCGUUGAAUGAUCAAGAAGAAAAGCAUUUAAAUACGGGCAGUCGUUACGAAGCAGCAGUAUCAAAAUUUUCGAAAAUCAAGAUGAGAAUGAACUCUGGGAUGAUUCGACUGAAUGGUCCGUCAGGUUCGGUUCUCAAUGCUGAAUUACACCUUCGACAGCAGAUGGUUUCGGAAUUGACAUUCACAUUACAAGAAUUAGGAUCAUCCAGUGCUCAUGAAAAUUUCCAGCGAAAUCUUGGAAUUGUUAUGAAGUCGGUGCGCAUCUUUAAUCCAUUGAAGUGGCGUUGGCAAGCGCGAAAACAAGUUGAAGUCACUAUUAACAGUAACACAGCCACGAAAACAUGUGAGAUCACCGUAAAAGGAAGAAGUUCACAAAACCAGAAAGUAAGGGAUGAAUUUUCUGCUUUUAUUAGUUGGUUACAAAUCUGUGCUGUCAUUCGACAUCCAAAUUCAGGUGUUCCUCCACGAGUACUUCGUCCUCAGAUGCGUAAGAAUUGCGAAGACAUCGAAAAGAGAAUUGCUCGUGUUACUGAUAGUAAACGAACACCAAUAGAGCUAUACAAUGGUACAAAAGGUAAAAAUGCAACACGAGUAACACGAAUGGAAGUUGUGGCGUGGAUCGCUAUCUGCAAAUUUGACUGCAGAUUGGAAGGUGGUUUCGUUCGAGACUGGAUUGUAGGUGGUUACACUGCACCUCCCAAAGCUGUAUAUGCUAGUCCAAAAGAAUGGAUUACGUACAGGAACAACGUUCCCGAGUUGGACAAAGACAUCGUCCCUUGUGACUUAGAUUGUCAUCUACCGUCGCAUGCUUAUUUCGAUAUUGAUAAGUUUCAAGAUGAAUUACAUAAGUACGACAUCUCGUAUUGUCAUCUACCAUCGCAUGCUUAUUUCGAUAUUGAUAAGUUUCAAGAUGAAUUACAUAAGUACGACAUCUCGUGUACGGUUUGCUACGAUAAUUGGCGAUAUAUAUUGGUACUUGAUGAGAAUAAAUCUACCGGUCCAUUUACAAUGGAUUUGAUUGAGCCGCAUGUGGCAUUGACACAAGAUCGAAUUGAUUUCGACGUGAGUAAUCUAUCGUUGGAAAAAGACUACACCCACGAAUUGGGUAUGCGCAUUGAUACUACUCAAAAGCCGUAUUCGAUUGAAUUGGAAGCUAUUGUUGAGAAUAUAAAAAACAAGCGUUUUCUCACUCUUCGACCCAUCGAUAAUAAUCUCAAUAGAAGAAUUGCAAAAAUGAAAGAUAGAGGUUGGACACAAAUGGAAGGCGGUUUAUCGGUUAUUCCAGAACCACACAAGGAGUAUCACGCGAUUCUCGUCCCAUUACCUCGAUCAUCUGAUUUACACGCUGCGAUUUGUCAGAAAAUGAGAAAUAUACCAGGUGUAGAAGUUAAAUCUAUCGAAGAAAUACGGAAUCCAUUUUUGGAAGAAAUCUACGAAGGAAUGAAAAAAAUAAUCAAACGACAAUGUCCUAAAACGACUUCGUGCGAGCAUCCUGGAUUGUUUCAUGGAACGAAAGGAGAUGGUAUCGACGGAAUCACUGACGACGGGUACGACGACCGAUUUUUCAAUACCGAAGGUCUAUAUGGACAUGGUGCGUAUUUCGCUGACGAUCCGCUCAAAUCACAUAAUUAUACUGAUAAAACUAGCAAGACACGUGUUAUGUAUUAUAACAAAGUCUUACUGGGUGAAUCGAUGGUACUAAAUGAACCGGACAAAAAAUUAGUUUGUGCGCCAAAAAAUUACCAUUCGAUUAUUGGAAAACACAAUCAGAUGACCGAAUAUAUCAUUUAUCGGUAUGGGCAAGCUUUACCAUGUUUGAAAAUCGUCUACACAGUUUAA